AUGUCUUCGUCCAGGACGCGUGACGUCACAUUAGUAAUCAUGAUGCAACUCAAUCUCCUCCGGCCUUUUAUACCGGUAAAUGGUCUACGAUUUCUGACGACUCCCUCGAAUGCAGAAGCCAUAUCACUCCGGCGCUCGCAUCUCUAUGUGCCAACUUCCUCUGACCGGAUGCUGGAAAAAUCACUCACAACCAGUUCGGAUGUGAUAGUCUACGACCUGGAAGAUAGUGUGCCCCCAGCCGCCGCAGAUAAACUGGCCGCACGCAACCGUCUAUCUUCCUUUCUGACUAAACCGGAUUUACCUUCUCGAGAGCGCGUCGCUGUCCGCGUCAACGAUAUCACUACACCUUUUUUCUUGGACGACAUAGCUGCAAUCGCUGCUUCGAAACGCGUUGGUAGUCUAGUUCUUCCUAAAGUUCAUGCCGCGGAAGACCUGGAUGUUGUCUCACAAGCAUUGCAAGCAGCAAACAGAGUCGUAUCCAACUCGCUGGAGCUUAUUGCUAGCAUUGAGAGUGCCCGAGCGUCAGUAAAUCUUGGCACGAUUGCUGGUUGGAAGGCAAAGGACCCACUCGGGGGAACUCUGACUGCACUAUUAUUUGCCGCCGAAGACUACUGUGCAGACACCUCUAUACUGAGAUCACCCUCUCGACGCGAGCUUCUGUACACCCGCUCUUCAAUUGUCAUCGCUGCUAAAGCAUUUGGAUUGAACGCUAUCGACAUGGUUUGUGUCAAUUACAAAGAUCACGAGUAUCUCGAAGACGAAUGCCGAGAGGGCCGGCAGCUUGGCUUCACUGGCAAGCAAGCUAUCCAUCCCAGUCAGGUCGAUGUUAUCCAAUCAACAUUUGUACCGUCUGCUCCAGAAAUCGAACGAGCGGCGAAGAUAGUAAGCCAGAUGGAACAAGAACAUGCCGCGAAUCGCGGUGCUACGGGAUUGAACGGGGAAAUGAUCGAUAUGCCGAUGAUUCUGCAAGCGCAGAAAAUUCUGAGAAUUGCCAGGGCUGCAAACUUAGAUAUUCCCAAGUUCUAG